CUCCCUCGAAAGCCUCUCUCUCUCUCUCUCUUCCUAGAAUCUCUGUGUCUAUCUAACUUUCUUCUUUCCUUUUUCUUUUUCUUUUUUUUUUCUUUUUAAAUUAAAAUUUAAUUUUCUCUUCUUCUUCGGUCAGAGAUUGUGCCUUGUCUCUUGCUCGGUGGUAAGAAUGUCGCCGAGCUUAAGAGACCUGCAGCUGACUCCGGUCGCUGGUGGCCGGAAAUCUCGGCCGGCGAUUGUGGCUGAAGACGAUGCCGGUGACUUGGAGGAUGUGAGACUUCUUGAUUCUUUUGAGGAUUCUAAUGAUUCCCAUACAAUUACGAUUGAUGAUGAAGAGGGCAUGAGGAGAAUUCAGGUCAGAGUAACAGGAAUGACCUGUGCUGCUUGUUCUAAUUCUGUGGAAUCAGCUCUCCAGAGCGUUAAUGGUGUUUUGAGAGCCUCCGUCGCGUUGCUUCAAAAUAAGGCUGAUGUGGUCUUUGACCCGUCCUUGGUCAAGGAUGAUGACAUCAAGAAUGCAAUUGAAGACGCAGGCUUCGAAGCUGAGAUUCUAUCUGAACCCAGUACAUUUAAAACAAAGCUAAAUAAAACCCUUUUGGGGCAUUUUACAAUAGGAGGUAUGACGUGUGCUGCCUGCGUGAACUCUGUUGAAGGUAUUUUAAGAGAUCUUCCUGGUGUUAGAAGAGCUGUAGUUGCAUUGGCUACUUCGUUGGGUGAAGUUGAGUAUGAUCCUACUGUAAUUAGUAAAGAUGAUAUAGUGAAUGCAAUUGAAGAUGCUGGCUUUGAUGCUUCACUUGUACAGAGUAAUCAGCAGGAUAAAAUCAUACUAGGAGUUGCUGGGAUAUUCACUGAGAUGGAUGCACAAGUUUUGGAAGGAAUAAUUAGCACUUUAACAGGUGUGCGGCAAUUCCGUUACAAUAGGAUGUCUAAUGAACUAGAAGUUCAUUUUGAUCCUGAAGUCAUCAGUUCUAGAUCUUUGGUGGAUGGGAUUGAGGAGGGAAGCAGUGGGAGGUUUAAAUUACAUGUUAUGCAUCCUUAUGCAAGGAUGACUUCUAAGGAUGUUGAAGAAACAUCCACUAUGUUUCGACUUUUCAUUUCAAGUUUGUCUCUCAGCAUUCCUGUCUUUUUCAUACGAGUUAUAUGUCCUCAUAUCCCACUUCUAUAUUCGUUGCUUCUUUGGCGAUGUGGGCCAUUUCUUGUUGAUGAUUGGUUGAAGUGGGCGUUGGUGAGUGUGGUUCAAUUUGUAAUUGGGAAGCGUUUCUAUGUAGCAGCUGGCAGAGCACUUCGAAAUGGUUCAACCAACAUGGAUGUUUUAGUUGCACUAGGGACUUCAGCCUCGUACUUCUACUCAGUCUGUGCACUACUAUAUGGUGCAGCCACUGGAUUCUGGUCUCCAACUUACUUUGAAACUAGUUCCAUGUUGAUAACAUUUGUACUGUUGGGUAAGUAUUUGGAGUGUCUUGCAAAGGGGAAGACAUCAGAUGCCAUAAAGAAGUUAGUAGAACUUGCACCAGCAACAGCACUGCUGGUUGUCAAAGACAAAGGUGGAAAAUGCAUUGCAGAAAGGGAAAUAGAUGCCUUGCUAAUUCAGCCUGGUGACACAUUAAAAGUUCUCCCAGGCACAAAAGUUCCUGCUGAUGGUGUGGUUGUAUGGGGUUCAAGUUAUGUUAAUGAAAGUAUGGUAACUGGUGAAUCUGCGCCUGUUUUGAAGGAGGCUGAUUCAUUGGUUAUUGGAGGUACAAUAAAUUUGCAUGGUGCUCUUCAAAUACAAGCUACCAAAGUAGGAUCUGAUGCAGUUUUAAACCAGAUAAUUAGUUUGGUUGAGACAGCCCAAAUGUCCAAGGCUCCAAUUCAGAAAUUUGCAGAUUUUGUGGCAAGCAUUUUCGUUCCUACAGUUGUUGCCAUGGCUUUGUUAACGUUGUUGGGUUGGUAUGUUGGUGGAACUAUAGGAGCUUACCCAGAUUAUUGGCUUCCAGAAAAUGGCAAUUACUUUGUUUUUGCCCUCAUGUUUGCAAUUUCAGUUGUGGUAAUUGCAUGUCCAUGUGCUCUUGGCUUAGCAACCCCAACUGCUGUCAUGGUUGCAACUGGAGUUGGCGCUAACAAUGGCGUGCUGAUAAAAGGCGGAGAUGCUUUGGAAAGGGCUCAGAAGAUCAAGUAUGUCAUAUUUGAUAAAACAGGCACUCUAACCCAGGGGAAAGCCACUGUUACAACAGCAAAGAUUUUCACUGGCAUGGAUCGUGGAGAAUUCCUCAGAUGGGUGGCUUCUGCAGAGGCUAGCAGUGAACAUCCAUUGGCAAAAGCAAUAUUGGAAUAUGCACGGCAUUUCCAUUUCUUUGAUGAACCUUCUGCAACCAAGGAUGACCAGAACAAGAGUAAAGAUUCCAUAAUAUCUGGAUGGCUACUUGAUGUCUCAGAAUUCACUGCUCUUCCUGGAAGAGGUGUCAAGUGCUUUAUAGAUGGAAAACGAGUUUUGGUUGGUAACCGGAAGCUGAUGACUGAAAGUGGAGUUAGUAUUUCAACAAUUGUAGAAAAUUUUGUAGUGGAAUUAGAAGAAAGUGCAAAGACAGGCAUACUUGUUGCAUUUGAUGACAGCUUGAUAGGUGUCUUGGGCAUUGCAGACCCAUUAAAGAGAGAAGCUGUUGUGGUCGUAGAAGGCCUUCAGAAAAUGGGUGUCAAACCAAUCAUGGUGACAGGAGAUAAUUGGAGGACUGCUCGUGCUGUCGCUAAUGAGGUUGGCAUUCAAGAUGUGAGGGCUGAAGUAAUGCCGGCAGGUAAAGCUGAUGUCAUCCGCACAUUUCAGAAGGAUGGAAGUAUAGUUGCAAUGGUGGGUGAUGGUAUCAACGACUCUCCCGCUUUAGCUGCUGCUGAUGUUGGUAUGGCAAUUGGGGCUGGGACAGACAUUGCCAUAGAAGCUGCUGACUAUGUCUUGAUGAGGAAUAACUUGGAAGACGUAAUCACAGCAAUCGAUCUCUCAAGAAAAACUUUGGCUCGCAUUCGAUUGAAUUACAUUUUUGCCAUGGCAUAUAAUGUAGUUGCAAUACCCAUUGCUGCUGGAGUAUUCUUUCCCACAUUAGGGAUUGUGUUGCCACCAUGGGCGGCUGGUGCUUGCAUGGCUUUAUCAUCCGUAAGUGUUGUAUGUUCGUCUUUGCUUCUUAGAAGAUAUAAAAAACCAAGACUUACCACCAUAUUGGAAAUAACUGCAGAAUAGUUGAUAGAAAAAACUAAGAAAUAAAAAGUACUUUUGGGUCAGGCUUUUGUUGGAAGGAAAUUGAAAGCGGGGAGAUAGUGAGAGGGGGAACUUGGAAAUCUCAAUUUUGUAUAUUUUUUAUUUUUCUUUUUACAAUUUACACGCGCUGGGGUGUAAUUUUGCCGCCCCAUUUCAUUGUAAAUGCACUUGCUGUACAAUAUUCUCUUUGUUAUGCCAUUACAUUUCUUUUCCUUGUUCAAUGGAAUGAUUUUGUUGUA